AUGGCGACGUCCGUGUUUCGGAGGCAGGUGCUGCUGUGUUGCAGGCAUUCAAGAACAAAUUCGAGACAAUUUACAAGACAAGUAAACAUUAAAAAGGUCUUAACGCCCUCGACAGCUAUCGGGGCAACGAUAACUGGUGUAUUAGCGUGGAAAACAUGGCAUACUAGACAAGAAUCGUCAGAAAUCUUACCAGUUGUGACGGCCAAAUCUGAGGGUCAAGAUGAACGUAAAGAUUCCCGAAUUCCCCACACGUACAGAGAGGUACGAUUCAGACAGUUUGCCUCAGUGGAAUACAAAGGUGUUACUUACAUGACACCCCAAGACUUCCUGGAAUCUGUCACCGAAGAAAUGCCAAGACCCAGGAUAGGUCGAACAAAACUGUCAGACAAGGAGGUGGAUAGUCUGCUGAAAAACACACCAACAAGGGCAAAGGGUACCAACAAGCUGUUCAGGAAACUUCAUAACCAAGGUCUGAUCUCCUACACAGAGUACCUGUUCCUGCUAUGUGUCCUCACCAAGCCCCAGUCAGGUUUCAGAAUUGCAUUCAAUAUGUUUGACACGGAUGGAAACCAGAUUGUGGACAAAAAAGAAUUCCUUGUGUUGGAAAGCUUCUUCACCCUUCCCCCCGCGGAACGAAAGUUUGUCCCAAGGCCGCAGCAAAAACUGCAGGCAUUACUUGAUCUGGAGCGAGUCUUCAGUAAAGAGCAUACUGAGGCCGGGAGCGAGACAAUUAACAGGGAGAACACCGUGGCUAAAAGUGUUGACCCAGUACAGGACACCACUCUCCUUAUCCAUUUCUUUGGACCCAAGGGUAAACAGGCACUCAAGUAUGAGGAUUUUCACAGAUUCAUGGAGAAUCUGCAGUCAGAGGUAAUUGAGUUGGAAUUUAUGGAGUUCUCUAAAGGCAUGGCCACUAUCUCAGAGCAGGAUUUCGCACGCAUACUUCUUCGCUACACCAUGUUCGACAAGACAGACGUUGAAGCUUGCAUCACACGUGUCAAAGAACGUAUUCCUGCUGAACAGGGCAUCACUUUCGAAGAGUUCAAACAGUUCUGUCAGUUCCUGAACAGUCUAGACGACUUCACCAUCGCCAUGAAAAUGUACACAUUUGCUGACCAGGCAGUCUCCAAAGAACAGUUUCAGAGAGCUGUCUAUGUAUGUACAGGCAACACUCUCAGUCCACAUUUGGUCAAUACGGUAUUCCAGAUUUUUGAUGCUGAUGGAGACAGCCACCUUAGUCACAAGGAAUUUAUUUCUAUCAUGAAAGACAGGCUACACAGAGGAUCUCGGAAAUGGAAGAAAUUUUACUUGGCGUCACACCUGAUGCAUACCCAAGACAACUGGAGUUCGUUCAAAUCAUGUGUAAAGAACGAAAUGAGGUCCUACUAAAGGAUAUAACCCUCCUUGUGACAUUUCUGUAUGGGAGAAUCAAAAGCUGUUCCUUAGACAGCAAAAUGAUUUCAUCUUUAAAUCUCUCACCACUGGAGUUAUAAGUCAUUUUCAGAAUCAAUUCAACCACCAACCUCAUAUUUCAAGCAUGACAGGUCGAUGGUUUGUGGAGGACGUCCCCAGCAUUGCCUUAUAUGGAACACAUCUUUCAUAAAGAUGACUUUUCCUGAAGGCGUAUCCAACUUCCAACCUUUUGUCUCUGAACUUAUUGACUUUAAUGACCUUGUGGAUGAAAUUUGACCAAUGAAAGUAUCUCACCCAUUUGUACAUUGCAUGCUUAUUAAUUAUUCAUGUAUUUCAGAAAUUUUUAAGGGAGCUUUUUUGUGAAAUUAUCGAAAUUUUUUCAUUAUCUUUCUUGUGUAUUUUUUUUCGCAUAACAUAAUUUCUCCUUGGAGAUAUAUUUGUAGGUUUUGAAGCGAGCCUGACUGACUGACUUGGUUAACACACUGUGAUCAAAGAAUAGGGGUGGCACUGUUGUUCUCUAUGGAAAUAACUCGUUAGCUCUAGUUGUUUAAACUCCAUAUUUAAAAAAAAAAUAAGGUACAUAUAGAUCAGUCUGUUAUUCAUGAAAAAAUUCAAACGUCUGUAAAAAAAAAUCCCUCAAAUAAGAACAAUUAGUAGUUAUAAAUUUCUAUUUAUCAUCCACAUUCAAAAGAAACCUUGCACAGUGACCUUUGACCUUGGUUAUCAAAAUACUUUUAGGAUGUCAGAUUUGAACAGUGUGAGGAAAGGAUCAAAAAGUUGUACUUUCAUCUGUCAGAUUUUCAUUUUUUGAUUUUCAAUUUUUACUACAUUCUUGAAAAAAAAAGUUUUAUGUUGAAGACAUUAGUCUAAAAAGUUUAGGACAGAUGGACUUCACAGUGAAAUGCUAGUUACAGAAGAGAAUAUACACUGUUAAACUUUAGAAUGUACAUAAAAUGGAAUUUUGUAUCAACUGCUAUUUCUAGAAAAUUUGCAAUAUUCCUGUGUUCUGUGUUAUUAGUAGCUAUUAGUAAACGACAUGUCUUUUUUUUCUUCAUUUUUCUGUGUAUAUUAUUUCUGUAUUGAUAUUUCACAGUGUAUGAUAAAGGCUAUAUUUUCUAUCCACAGUAAAGACUAGUAUGAACUGGGUAUAGAAUUUUGUUAAAUAAGGAUGUAUAUUAUUACAGGAUUGUUCUAUAGUACAUGUUACUCACCUAUAUGUCCUUAGUUCCUUCACUUAGGAAGUCCCAAUAAUUCUGUCGAUUAGAGCUAAAAUUGUCCUAUCUUGAGGUGCUUUGUUUGGUGCUUCUUGCACAUGGCUGUUAGUGCUUCUGAGGAAGCUGAGAAAUAUACCAGUCUAUUCCAACAUGAUUGUGUCCAUGUGUAAAAAUACUUCACUUAGUUAUUGCCUUGGACAGCAUAUGGAAACCUGGCCUUCCAUAUGUUGUUCAUUGAGGUACCCCACUAGCCCACAAGGAGACUCCCCCUGAUAAUGACCCUGGCUAUUAACAGGAUAAUUUACCCAGUCAUUAUCACCUUUCUUUGUAGAUUCCUUAUUUUGUUGCUUAUUGCUAUGUUUACUUAGCAAUAAGCCUGAACAAUUUAUCAGAUAGUAAAUAAGCUUUCCGUAACCUUUAGCCAGAAGUAACACCUAUCAUCGUUGUUGGAUUGCUCCAUCAGGUGUAUCUACAAUCAUUAUCUAUGCUUAUUUAAACCUGUUAUUUUCCUACAUAUUUUAAAUUCUGUUUUGGAAUUGUUGAACUUUUGAAUUCUAUGAAAUAAAAAAAUCUUUACCUUUA